AUGGCGCCGCCCUCUGUCGUCAUCAGCCCACGUCAGCGGGGGAGGGAGGAAGAUGGCGGCGGCGGGACAACGACGACGACGACGACGACGGCCGGGGCCCUGCGGCGGGAGCUCAGCUGCUCCGUCUGCCUCGAGCUCUUCCGCAGCCCCGUCAUCCUGGGCUGCGGGCACAGCUUCUGCCGCGCCUGCAUCGGCCGCGUGUGGGGAGAGCCGGGAGCGGCAGCGGCGGCUGGCGGCGGCGGCGGCGGGGCCGGAUAUGGGCGGGGGUCGAGGCGCCGGCCGCGGGCGGGAGUUACUCGGUGUCCGCAGUGUCGUCAGACCUUCCCAGCUCAAAGCUUCACCAAGAACUUCCUGGCUGCCAACCUGGUGGAGCGGCUGCGGGAGGCGAAGCCCGUUCCCCGCACGCCCAGCGUGGCGUGGCCGAGGCAGUGCCGCGAGCACGACAAGCCCCUCACCGUCUACUGCGCCACGGACCAGCAGCUCAUCUGUGACCUGUGUAGGACGUCCAAGGCACACCGGAGUUGCGAUAUUCUACUCGUUCAGGAACUAACUGAAGAGUACCCGAAGAAGAGAAGGAAAGAACUGAAGGAGAAGAUCGAGAAGGAGUUUGCGAAACUGAUCGAGUUUCUGAUCGAGCAGCGGGAGAUGCUGCUGAUGCAGUUGGAGGAGGAGGAGAAGGUGGCGUUGGCUGAGAUGGAGGCCGGGGAGAUGGACCUGGCGGCCACCAUCGUGGAGCUGGAGAAAUCCAUCGCCUACAUCCAGAGCAAGCUGCGCAAGUCCGUCUCCCUGGAGGAAAUGCUGGACACAAUUUCUCAGCCUAUUCCGCGGCUGGGCAAGACCACCCUGAUGAAGUUGAACCCACGAUGGGAGACAUUCACCGGACCCCUGCAACUGAUCGUUUGGAAACGGAUGCAGGAUGUCAUAAGCCCAGUGCCGGAGAACCUGCGCUUCAACACGGCCAGUGCCCACCCCAACCUGCGCUUCAACGGCGACUGCACCUCGGUGGAGUCCUCGUCGUCCCGGGGCCCCGCGGCCGACAACCCCAAGCGUUUCGGCUCCUUCCACGCCGUGCUGGCCACCGCCCGCUUCUCCUCGGGCCGCCACUACUGGGAGGUGGAGGUGGGCUCGUCGCCGGCCUGGUACCUGGGCCUGACCUGCGUGCACUCCGCCCGCAAGGGCUACGUCAAACUGCGGCCCUCCAAGGGCUACUGGAGCAUCUGCAAGCUGCUGCUCUACCUGAUGAACAACGAGCGCCAGAGACCCCUGCACGUGGCCUCCGCCCUCUCCCGGGUGGGGGUCUACCUCGACUUCGAGGCCGGCCUGGUCUCCUUCUACGAUGCGUGCGGCAUGGCCCUCCUCUGUACCUUCAGCACCGCCUUCCGCUGUCCCGUGGUGCCAUUCUUCAGCCCCAGCCGUGGGGUGGACAGCAUUCUGAAGCUGCGGCACUUCUGAAACUCCCUCAACCUC